CACAUUUCUCCAGGUUCUGUUGGUCUAGGCUGCAGAUUCCCGGCUUGAACACUCAUCUGAGGGGGUUUCUAGCUUCUUGUUGGCGACUUUAAAUGUUGUUAAAGUUGUGGCAGCGGCAGAGACAGCAGCAGCCUCUCACAGGCGGGAUUGUUCUGCCCUUCUCCUCGCUCAAACAGUAAACAGUGGCGCUUUUACAGUGCAGGCAGGCAGACAGGGUCGAGUGUCUCCCCUCGCCUGCGCACUGCGCGGUUACCUGGAGAAGAAGAUUUGGAUUAAGACUAAUGAACUGGGGGGUAAAUAAUCUCCACGGGACGCUUCAGUGGACAUAACACGACUCAUUGAGCCGCUCUGGGAUUCUUUUCUACUCCUUUUUGUACGGCUGGAGACCAUGUCUGUCCGCGGAUACUUGGAGGCUGUUUUGAAAUGCUCAGUGUUUCUCUCUCUGAGGAUGUUGCUUCUUCUGCCUGCAGGGUUGCCCGUCCGCAGUCAGGGAGAUUCUCAGUCCGACAACAAAGUCAUGGACAACAUCACGGUGCGACAAGGAGAGACCGUCUUCCUCAGGUGUGCACAGGGAGACGUGGUCACGCACACAGCAUGGCUGAACCGGUCCAGUAUCCUGUACGCCGGAGAGGAUAAAUGGUCCGUGGAUCAGAGAGUGAGUCUGGUGACUCUGAAUCAGGACGAGUUCACCAUCAAAAUUGAAAAUGUGGACAUGACAGAUGAGGGCCAGUACGUGUGUGCAGUCCAGACGAGCAGUCGACCGAGAACCACCUCAGUGAACAUCCUCGUCCAAGUACCACCAAAAAUCAUCAACCUGUCGAGGGACAUCAUCGUAAACGAAGGCGCCAACGUGACGCUGAUGUGCCAGGCCAGCGGUAAACCAGAGCCGUCCAUCAGCUGGAGACUCAUCUCCUCCUCAGGAGACCUGGCCUCAGACGAUGAGUACCUGGAAAUCCCAUCUAUCAGCAGACAGAGAGCGGGGACGUACGAGUGCACGGCUGUCAACGAUAUCGACACAGACGUCCAGACCGUCGACAUCACCGUCAACUACGCUCCAUCGGUGUCAGAGGGCAGAGACGUCGGAGUGACUCCGGGCCAGAGAGGAGUGCUGGAGUGUGAGGCGGACGCGGUGCCGGAGGCAGACUUCGAGUGGUACAAAGAUGACAGAAGGAUCUUCAGUGGCUUGGAUGGCGUGGAGAUCCUGAACUCUGGAUCGCUGUCUAAGCUGAUGUUUUAUAACGUGUCUGAUGGAGAUUAUGGCAACUACACUUGUAUCGCUAUUAACAGCAUCGGGAGCUCGAACACAAGCUUUCUCCUGUUUGUGGUAAUUGAACCCACUAGCUCAACGCUAUUGCAAGGACCGAGAGCAGUCCAGGACGGCAGCGGCGGAGCGUCAGGGAUCCACUCACACAGCUGGCUCCUCUUCAUAGUGUUUCUGCCGUUCCUGCUUCGAUUUUGAAGACGAGUGGAUUUGAUCAAGACGUCUGUGUGUCUGUGUGUGUCUGUGAGUGGGUGUAUGAGCGAGUGGAUGGUUUUUCUUUUCAACCUGAACCAUAAACUGAUGCACGGACAGUGCAUUGAGUCCCCUGAUUAUGUUGACCCACUAAAGAAGUCAAUAACAAACAUGUUUAUUUUGGGUUUUUAGAUCCCUAAGGUGUAACGAAUUCUUCACAUUUAACUGGAUUGUGUUUGAUAUUUCCCUCUAAAUGACAUUAUUCUGAAUUCUCUCUUUAUUUGGAAAAAAAAAAAAUCAUGUUCUAAAUGUGGUAUCUUUUAUCCGGUUGAGUUGUGUUUAAGUUUCGACCACAUUGCAUAUUCAUGUUGACUCCAGUUAAAGGCAAUUUACAGCAAGUAUGCGAGGUGAAUGUUAAAUACCUCAAAGUCAAACAGAGACGUUUAGCAGAGAGAAUCUAGGUUACCCAGAGGCUGAAAGUCUGAUAUUAUCAUAUUUUAAUGUAAAAUAAUUAUCAUUCAGUCUGGUUGUUUGAAGCAGAAUUGUUUUUGACCUUUAAGUAUUUUCUUUCUCAGCGAUAGAGUGAUAUAAUUACAGUUGUGUUCAGCUAAUUUCUGAUUUUAUUUUUCAAUCAUGUUUAGUUUUAAAUAAUUUUCAGAAGGCAAAGUUGUAAUUAUUUAGGGUGAUAUCCUAGUGUCAUGUCUUUGUUGUUUAUUUUUCUUGACCACACAAGUUGUACACUAAAUUGUGUCAUGAAUAAUUAUGUUUUAAUUAAACGGUUUAACACGAAGGAGGAUUUUUACUCCACUUUUGUGGAGAUGACAUUUGAUUUAAGUUAUGCAGAUUGUUUUAAUGCUGAUGAUAUGUGUUUCAAAACCAUGCCAUUCCUAAUAGCGUGUCCUAACAGCGUGCAGUGACAGUGAGCCUCAGCAGCAAAAUCAGCUCAAUCAGUGUUUCCUGUUGAAGGGUCAUAACAGCCUGCAGGCAAAGUGGCGUAAAGCAUUCGUGAUGGACUGGCAUAAAAAACUGCCCCUUUUUUAUGGAAACCAACAUACACUUUAAUAACAAGCUUGACCUGAAACCGUACACACUGAGAGGAUUAAGAAAAUAACAGCAUACAAUAACAUAAUCACUACAGCGGCACAUGACAAAUUACCUAUAAAAGAAAAUAAAAGCUGUAUUUUUUAUUCCACUGAAAACCUAUAAAAAACUAUCCAUAUGCAACUGCAAACCAAAUCACAAUAAUACCUUUAAAAUGUAAAAGAGAGAAGCCUGAAAUCAGCUGACUGGUGUGGCCCUCUCUCACCCUCACUCACUCUCUGACAGCUGUCCGUCUCAGUCUUCAGCACCAUGGACAGCGCCGCAUUCACACUCACUUUGAACAUGAUUUUGAAAGUAAAAGCUUGAAACAACGAUGCAUCCACCUUCAAACAUAAAAAAGGACCACUCAUUUUUUAUCCUGAUGUUUCAACUAUCAUCAUUAAACUCAUCAAUCCUAUAAAUAACAGAGCAGACAAGAGACAGGGUUAACCCUUAGAGCUCAGAGCUAUUUUUUCACCAUCACUUCUCAUCUAGACUUUUUUGACUUAAAAAGCUUGUAAAACAUCAACCCUGUGGUGCACAGUCAAGCUCUAUGCCUCUUUUUUUUCCAGGACAACCUGGGCUGUAAGAUUAUAUCCACUGUAGUAUUGUCACUCGAAUUUUGAAAAAGUUAUCAGGCUCCAAAGACAAAAUAAAAAAAAACAAAAAAAAAAAACAAAUUGGAAUUUGAAACUCAAAGACUUGUAUGGAUAACUCAAAGUAAACAAUAGUGACAAAGA